CUAAUCAAAUCGCCAAUCGCCAAAAACCGAGGAUAAAACAAAAAAUGGCGGUCUGCUCUUCCUCGCUCCCAGUUUUCUCUGCCGUUUCAACCCCAAAACUCAGCUCCGAUUCAUUUGUUAGGACUGGGAUUAGGGUUUCGAACCUCAACACCCUAGUUACCAUGCCCUCCAGUUUUUACCGGAACCCGGGGAAGAAUCGCAGGUCUACGAAGUUAAAUCGUGCUGGACUGUCCGAGAUCGAGCCCGAUCUCAACGAAGAUCCCGUUGACCGUUGGGGCAUAAACAGUGUUGACCCUGAUGAUUUCAAGUACGGGGUGUACGAUGGACACCACACGUAUCACGAAGGCGAAGAGAAAGGAACUUUUUGGGGAGCCAUAGCAGAAGAUAUUGCAGCAGUAGAACCUCCUACGGGUUUUCAGGGGUUAAUUUCUUGGCUCUUCCUCCCAGCAAUUGCCACUGGGAUGUUCAUGCAUGUUCCGAUGGUGUACUUAUUCAUCGGAACAGGCUUGUUUGUGACUGUAUUUACCAUAAUUGAGAUGGAUAAGCCAGACAAACCUCACAACUUCGAACCUCAAAUAUACAAUAUGGAUAGGGGAUCUCGUGAUAAGUUGAUAGCUGACUACAAUACCAUGAGCAUAUGGGAUUUCAAUGAGAAAUAUGGGGACCUCUGGGAUUUCACUGUGAAAAAGGACGAUAUAACAAAGAGAUAAUAUCUCCUUAGCAUAUUGCAUUGUCACAAGAAUUCAUAAUCAAGAUGAGAAUGGAGGAAUAGUUCUUUUCUUUCCCCCAGGUUUCUUCAAUCUCUUUUCUUGUACUUUUUGUAUCUUCCAUUGUGUUAUAUUUAUGGAGGGAAUUAAGUGAUUGUUAUUCUAGAAGGAAGCAUUAAAUUUUAAA